AUGAUUGUAUGCACUCUAGCUGUUAUGCUAAUUUCCUUCUUAUUUCACCAAACAUGUGGGAUGAACAUGUCAAGACCCAACAUUUUGCUGAUAAUGGCAGAUGAUCUUGGGUAUGGUGAUUUAGGCUGUUUUGGUAAUGAUACAAUAAGGACCCCUAAUAUUGACCAGCUAGCAAAGGAAGGAGUGAAACUCACUCAGCACAUUUCUGCAGCCUCACUUUGUACCCCAAGCAGAGCAGCUUUCCUGACUGGCAGAUACCCCAUCCGAUCAGGCAUGACAUCCAGAACUGAGCACCAUGUCAUCAGUCGUGUUGGUGCCUCAGGAGGGCUCCCACCAAAUGAAGUUACAUUUGCUAAAUUAUUACAGCAGCAAGUCUAUGCCACUGGCCUUAUAGCUACUAGGGAUAACAAUAUUGGGGACAAUGUAGAAGAGAUGGACUGGAUGGUAGGAAAAAUUCUUGCUGCAAUUGAUAAAGAGGACUUGAGGAAUAACACUUUUACUUACUUUACAUCUGAUCAUGGAGGAUUUUUGGAGGCUAAGGAAGAAAAUGCUCAGCUAGGUGGCUGGAACGGUAUUUAUAAAAGUGGAAAAGGUAUGGGAGGCUGGGAAGGUGGCAUACGUGUGCCGGGAAUAGUCAGAUGGCCAGGAUAUGUCCCUGUUAACACGGUGAUUGAUGAACCAACGAGCCUUAUGGAUAUUUAUCCGACAGUAGUUCACUUGGCUGGGGCAUCAGUGCCACAAGACAGGGUAAUCGAUGGCAAGAACCAGGUAGCAUUAUUGCAAGGAGCAGUGCAGGAUUCAGAGCACAAAUUCAUGUUUCAUUACUGUGGGUCAUAUUUACAUGCAGUGCGCUGGCACCAGAAGGAAAGUGGUGCUCUCUGGAAGGCCCAUUAUGUGACCCCAAACUUUACACCAGAGGGGGCUGGAGCUUGCUAUGGAACAAGAGUUUGUGCCUGUUCUGGAGAGAGUGUCACCCACCACAACCCCCCAGUGCUUUAUGACCUCUCGUGUGACCCUUCUGAAGCCAACCCUUUGUCACCAGGUUCAGAGCCACUUUUCAACAUAAUUGUAAGUCAGGUUGAAAGAGCAGUUGAAGAACAUCGUCAGGCACUCACUCCUGUACCUCAGCAACUUGAUCUGUACAAUACAGUAUGGAAGCCAUGGCUGCAGCCAUGCUGUGGAAGAUUCCCCUUCUGUUGGUGUAGUAAAAGAUUUAGUUUUGUUUCUCCUGAUGAAGCCCUGCCAUAGCGGGAGGAAACAGGUCUACAACCUAGGACGCCUGUUGGGAUAAUAAAGAGAAAACAAAGAGAAAAUAGACCAAGUAAUAGGAGCAUAUGUAUUUUCAUCCUGGACAUUACCUUUGGCAUCAUGCUUCUCAUUGCCUUCUGACUCCUUAGACAGGACACCAUUCAUCUUGGGACUUAGAUACAUAUUGUUCAUUGCUGAAUAUUGUUGGAUAUUUCUAUGUCCAUUCAGGAAAUUGUGGUGGAUUCUUCCAUUGUUUGAUCCUCUCAGUGAUAUUGUACUUCUCAGACUAUGUGUUUCAUAUGUUCUAUAGUAUAUGAACUUAAUAUAUUUACUACACGGUU